AUGGCGGCCGACAUACCUCGGACUCACGAAGCUAUUGAAGCCCAAAUUUUAGACAUUCAAUCCCGGAAGAAGCAGAUAGUUUCAGAAGAUGGGCUCACAGAGAAGGAUCGUGUUGGUCUCGGAGAAACUGGCUACUUUGACAGUGAUAUCUAUGAUGGCGGUGGUGGCAAAUAUGAAGGAUAUGUUACAUCUAUUGCAGCCAAUGAUGAAGUUGAUGAUGAUGAAGUUGAUCAAGUUUCAUUUACCCAAAACAAAAGACCAGGGUACACUGCACCAGCAGCCUUACUCAACGAUGUUGCACAGGCUGAUAAAGAUUACGACCCAUUUGCGGACAGGCGUAGACCAACGAUUGCAGAAAAGGAAGAUGAAUACAGGCAGAAACGGAGAAGGAUGAUUAUAUCUCCUGAGAGAGUGGAUCCAUUUGCUGAAGGUGGGAAGACUCCAGAUGUUGGCUCCAGAACCUACACUGAGAUCAUGAAAGAGCAGCUUCUUCGAGGUGAAGAAACUGAGCUGAGGAAGAAAAUUUUAGAAAAGCAAAAAGAAGGUACCUUGAAGGUAGUCAGCAGCAAUGGAGAUUCUGCUAAAGCUCCUCCCAAAAGGCGAGGCCGCUGGGAUCAAACUGAAGAUGCAGGAACUCCUUCAGAGAAGAAGAAAAAAGCCGACACCUCAGCUUGGGAUAAGGAAGAUUCUACACCAGCCAUUUCUCGCUGGGAUGAAACUCCAGGACAUCCUAAAGGCUCUGAGACCCCAGGAGGAAUGGCAACACCUGGAGUUAGCACGCGCAUGUGGGAGCCGACUCCAGGCCAUGCAACCCCAGGAGCAGUAACUCCAGGCAGGGAGACCCCAGGACACGAUAAGGCAAUGUCCAGCCGGAGAAACCGGUGGGAUGAAACCCCUAAGACAGAGCGAGAGACUCCGGGGCACAGCAGUGGCUGGGCUGAGACUCCUCGCACAGACAGAGCUGGAGCUGAUCUCAUCCAGGACACACCUGGCACAGCUAGCAAGAGGAGAAGUCGUUGGGAUGAGACACCUUCUAAUCAGAUGACGCCUUCAGCAAUGACUCCCUCUGCCAUGACUCCUCACACACCAGGCACCCCAUCAACACCUAUGGGAACUCCUGGUGCAACACCGUCAAUGAUGACUCCCAGUGGUGUCACACCCACUGGCCAAAAAGCCAUGGCUAUGGCCACUCCCACACCAGGACACCUCGUUACUAUGACACCAGAGCAGAUGCAAAACUACAGAUGGGAACGCGAAAUCGAUGAACGAAAUCGUCCAUUGUCUGAUGAAGAAUUAGAAUCAAUGUUCCCUGUUGGGUAUAAAAUACUUCAACCACCAGCUGGAUACAUUCCAAUUAGAACUCCAGCCCGUCGUCUGACAGCUACACCAACGCCCAUCGCCGGCACUCCUCAAGGCUUCUUCAUCCAAACUGAAGAUAAGAGUGCCAAAUAUAUGGACAAUCAGCCGAAAGGCAACCUGCCCUUUAUGAAGCCUGAAGAUGCUCAGUACUUUGACAAACUCUUGGUUGAUGUUGAUGAGGAGACGCUCAGCCCUGAUGAACAGAAAGAAAGAAAAAUUAUGAAGCUGCUGCUGAAGAUUAAAAAUGGUACCCCUCCUAUGAGGAAAGCUGCUCUUCGUCAGAUUACUGACAAAGCUAGGGAGUUUGGGGCUGGCCCCUUGUUCAAUCAAAUCCUCCCGCUUUUAAUGUCGCCCACUUUGGAAGAUCAAGAGCGUCACUUGCUGGUGAAAGUCAUUGACCGUAUUUUGUACAAAUUAGACGACUUGGUGCGUCCUUAUGUGCAUAAGAUUCUUGUUGUUAUUGAACCUCUUCUGAUUGAUGAGGAUUACUAUGCUCGUGUGGAAGGCAGAGAAAUUAUUUCCAAUCUUGCCAAAGCAGCUGGCUUGGCUACUAUGAUUUCAACCAUGCGACCUGACAUUGAUAACAUCGAUGAAUAUGUGCGCAACACUACUGCUCGAGCAUUUGCUGUUGUUGCCUCUGCUUUGGGUAUUCCGUCUCUCCUUCCUUUCCUGAAGGCUGUUUGUAGGAGUAAGAAGUCUUGGCAAGCAAGGCAUACUGGUAUCAAAAUUGUCCAGCAAAUUGCUAUCUUGAUGGGCUGUGCCAUCCUACCUCAUCUUAAAAGUUUAGUUGAAAUUAUUGAACAUGGUCUUGUUGAUGAGCAGCAGAAGGUGCGAACUAUUACUGCUCUUGCUAUUGCUGCUUUAGCUGAAGCCGCAACUCCAUAUGGUAUUGAAAGUUUUGAUUCGGUUCUGAAACCUCUUUGGAAGGGUAUCCGUACUCACAGAGGAAAGGGUCUUGCUGCUUUCUUAAAGGCUAUUGGGUACCUGAUUCCACUCAUGGAUGCUGAGUAUGCUAAUUACUACACUAGGGAAGUGAUGCUUAUUCUAAUUCGUGAGUUCCAAUCUCCAGAUGAAGAAAUGAAGAAAAUUGUAUUAAAGGUUGUCAAGCAAUGUUGUGGCACUGAUGGUGUGGAGCCUCAAUACAUCAAAGAUGAAAUUUUGCCUCACUUCUUCAAGCAUUUCUGGAACCACCGAAUGGCAUUGGAUAGGAGAAAUUACAGACAGCUUGUUGAUACUACUGUUGAAAUUGCCAACAAAGUUGGAGCAUCUGAAAUCAUCAACAGAGUUGUGGAUGAUCUUAAAGAUGAAAAUGAACAGUACCGUAAAAUGGUUAUGGAAACUAUUGAGAAAGUCAUGGGCAACCUGGGUGCUGCAGACAUUGACUCUCGUCUUGAAGAGCAGCUCAUUGACGGUAUCCUUUAUGCCUUUCAAGAACAGACCACAGAAGAUGUGGUUAUGUUGAAUGGUUUUGGCACUAUUGUCAACCAACUGGGCAAACGAGUGAAACCCUACCUGCCUCAGAUUUGUGGUACAAUUUUGUGGCGAUUGAACAAUAAAUCUGCCAAAGUGCGACAACAAGCUGCUGAUCUCAUUUCAAGGAUAGCUGUUGUAAUGAAAACCUGCCAAGAGGAAAAACUUAUGGGUCACUUGGGUGUUGUGUUGUAUGAAUACCUUGGUGAAGAAUACCCUGAAGUACUUGGAAGCAUUCUUGGUGCUUUGAAAGCUAUUGUCAAUGUUAUUGGUAUGACAAAAAUGACUCCUCCAAUCAAAGAUUUGUUGCCCAGGCUAACUCCCAUUCUGAAGAACAGGCAUGAAAAGGUGCAAGAAAACUGUAUUGACCUGGUAGGACGUAUUGCUGAUCGUGGACCUGAAUAUGUAUCAGCUCGAGAAUGGAUGCGUAUUUGUUUUGAACUCCUCGAGCUCCUAAAGGCUCACAAAAAAGCCAUUAGAAGAGCUACUGUAAAUACAUUUGGCUACAUUGCCAAAGCCAUUGGUCCUCACGAUGUGUUGGCCACUUUAUUGAACAACCUGAAGGUUCAAGAAAGACAGAACAGAGUCUGUACAACUGUGGCUAUAGCCAUUGUUGCAGAAACUUGUUCACCAUUUACUGUUCUUCCCGCCUUGAUGAAUGAAUACAGGGUACCAGAACUUAAUGUUCAAAAUGGUGUUUUAAAGUCUCUUUCAUUCCUGUUUGAAUACAUUGGUGAAAUGGGAAAAGAUUACAUCUAUGCUGUGACACCUUUACUUGAAGAUGCUUUAAUGGACAGGGAUCUAGUCCACAGACAAACAGCUUGUGCUGCAAUUAAACACAUGGCCUUGGGAGUGUAUGGCUUUGGUUGUGAAGAUGCACUUAUUCAUUUACUCAACCAUGUCUGGCCUAAUAUUUUUGAAACUUCACCUCAUCUUGUGCAAGCAUUCAUGGACUCCAUUGAAGGAAUGCGCGUAGCUCUUGGUCCCAUCAAGAUACUUCAAUACACAUUACAGGGCUUGUUCCACCCAGCACGGAAAGUACGUGAUGUAUACUGGAAGAUCUACAAUUCUUUAUACAUUGGAGGACAAGAUGCUCUUGUGGGGGGAUAUCCUAGGGUUGAAAAUGACCCUAAAAACAUUUAUGCACGGUAUGAGUUGGAUUAUGUACUGUAAAACCUCUUAGUCAUACCAUUGAAAGAAUACAUUUUCUUUACUCGGCAUAUUUAUAUGCUGGGACCAAGUGUGCCCUGCUUUCAUCUUCAAAUCCUUUGUCAAAUGCGCCAGUCAUUCAGUAAUUUUAUUUUUUUUAAGUUCAUUUUAUUUGUGACACACUGUCAUGCAAUGCUGUGUAGUGUGAUUGUUUCAUAGCAUGCUAAAAUUUCUUUCAUGGGUGUAGUAUAGAAGAAAUGAUGUCAAGAUAUGCUUUGCAUUUAUUAUGUACAUAAUCCAUUUGCAGAAGUAUUACAACAAUAAAUAAUUUAAAAGCACAAA